UUUAGCUCCUGAUCAGACUACAGAGCUGACAUGCAUGAGGGCCAGGCGCAACUGGCCCCGGCUUUUCCUGAGUCAACCAAGCGAGGCCACCUAGCUUGGCAGCAAGAAGAAGUGACCAUUGACAAUGGCAUUGUUGGCACGAGUUGUUGAAAUGCCCCACGAUCGUCGACGAGCAGGGAUGGGAAACUUUUUGUGAAUUAUGCUUUCUGCGCUGCUGGACAGCUCAACUGCCAAGUUCCAGAAGUCCUAACCAACCGAGCUGCACAGAAACUUGCCAGGCGCGCCAACCUAGAUGCGCUUUUUCCGACAGUCAGGUCCCCUCGAGCCCGCGCCUGCUUGCUGUCAACGAAAGAGCAAUCUUCCCGCGUGAUGCCGUAAUCAGCCAACACAGCGCCCCAUUUUACCAGUUGAGUACUUGUCCUCUUGUAUAAAAACCCUGAGGGCGCAGAGAAAGCACGUGGAUCUUGCUUUCGUCUUCAAGAGCCCAGCUCAUGUCGUGCAGGAACAAUUUCCAAUUGCCAUAAACCAAAGCGCAUCAUGCAGUCAGUCCCGCUGCAAACCUCCCACUUCCUUGGCCAGCAACGUCUGGUGCGCACUGCAAGCCUUUUGCGCUCAUCCGGCGGGCCUGGUCAAUCUGCCGGGGGCCAUCUCGCUGGUGUGGGGAUCAAUGCAGCUGCCACCGCAGGCCGUGCUCGCGUCAGCAUGAGCUCAGCGGUGGAGAAGGUUGACGUGGCCAUCAUUGGCGGGGGCCCCGGCGGCCUCGCCACGGCCAAGGGGAUCACCCGGGCGUGCCCGGAGCUGAAAGUGCGCGUGUUUGAACGGGCCAAGCUGCGGCCGAGGGGCGCGUCGGUAUUCGUGAUGCCGAAUGGGAUGCACGCUUUGGAGGCCCUCGAUCCCGAGACCCACGCAAGAGUCUUGGCGCAUCACUCGCCGGCAGGUGCGACAGUCACGCGCAAUAUGGCCGGGGAGGUCAUAGGCGAAGCGGGGGGCGACUCAGUGGCGGCGCCGUUUGCUUCGUAUGGUCCGUGCGCGUACCUGCUGUGGGCGUCGCUGCAAAAGGCCCUGGCAGACUCUCUGCCGGAGGGGGUCCUCGAAACGGAGGUGCGUCUGGGGGACUCGCCCCCCCGGGACGAAGGGGACCAUGUCAGACUGCAAAUAGUCUCUGCUGGUAGGAGACCGGACGGAGCGGCGGCGAAGGAGAUCGAGGCGCGGGUUGUGGUCGGGGCGGAUGGCAACCAGUCGCAGCUGCGGCAGCACAUUUUGGGCGACGGCCCGUCCAGUUCCAUGGGCGUCGGGCUGUUCCGGGCACUUCUCCCGAGGCCCGAGAAGUGGAUCGCACCAAACUCAGCCACUAUCUGGGCAGGCCCUAAGCAGGCUUUCCGUACGGCCGUCUUUCAAGGAGACGUCGCCACGUGGACGGGGAUCGUGCCGUGGCCGGCAGAGGAGGAGCACCUGCUACAGGGGCGGGCGUACAUCGCAGCAAACGACGCUGGCGAGGGCGCGCGGUUCUCGCCAAAAGAGCGCUGCCUCCGGGCGUUCGAGCACUGGCCGGACGCCGUCCGCGGAAUCAUCGCGGCCACGGACGCGGACUCGAUCCUGGUCCACGGACAGAAUUACAGGGACCCGGACCGGUGCACCGUUUGGGGCCGCGGGAGGGCGACCCUCGUGGGCGACGCAGCGCACUUGGGGACGCCCCUUUUGGGCCAGGGGACCAGCCAGGCGUUGGAGGACGCCCUUGAGCUCAGUAGGUGCAUCCACGCCCACGGUGCGACUUCCAGCGCGCUGCGCGCCUACGAGCGCGCGCGGCAGCCGCUCGCGCAGCCGAUCCAGGCCAUCAGCGUGGACCUCUUCAAGCGCUUCCAAGCGGGGGAGAGCUUCCCCCCCGACAACGAGGCGCGGCUCAGCAUUGAGCACGGCUUCGUCGCGCGCUCGUUUCGCCCUCUUCCGGUGGCUUGACAGCGGCGUUCCGCCCAGCGGCGCGUUCCGCCCUCUGCCUAUGGCUUGACAGCGGAGCGUUCCGGCCUCCGCCCUGGCUUGUACAUACUAGAAAAGGGUGUCGAACGGCAUUCGAUCAACUUGCAUUAGGAGACGAGUGCGCUUUUCAGAUGGACAUUGAAGUCGAAAACUGAUUGGAAGUUCGGGUAGGCGUUGAAGUCAAAAAGGCAUUCGCAAAUGAUUGGGUUUCGAAGUGUGCAUUAAAGUCAAAAGGCGUGUGAAGACAAUGGUAAUAGUUUUGCAGGGUUGCGUUACUGUCAAAGAUUUUUCGACCUGUGCAGCGACGAGGCUGUAAUCUUCGGCGGAAAGCCCUUCUGCCGAGCCUCGGAGUGACUGCGUUCGACUCAGAUUCUAGGACCGAAUGGUCGUUUGGAAACAGACACUUAAUCUUUAAGUAGUCUCCUGAAAGAGAGAACAUGUACCUCAUAUGUUCCAUUUAAAAGAUGAACGAUCCGAGUCGUUACCUAACAUGCGCAUAUGUAACGAGAGUGUUUUAGUGCUUCUUAGAAACUUAGAAGAUUAAACAGUCACUGGCCAAAAACUUGAGCUUUGAUUCACAUCGACACAAUAUUGUGCCCGCC